CUCUUGGCCUGGAAUCUCGUUUUGGCAACGACGUCUUGCUGCAAGUUCACAUCGCAAUGCAUUGCUACGCGACACUUGUCGCGCUUCUAAGCGCGCAAAUCGUCAGUGCACUUCCUCAAUCGCAAUGGAAAGCCGUGUCUGAAGACGAAGUAGUUCGCGCUGCUGUCGCAUUUCAUCAGCCAAAGCUUGCUGAGGCUGAAGCUCUGUUGAUGGAUAUUUCAGAUCCUAGUUCAGACAAGUUCGGGCAGUACCUUGACCGCAAGGAAGUCCAAGACUUCUUUAAACCCAGCGAGAUUUCACAGCGAAAAGUUCUACGUUGGCUCGAAGAUGCAGGUAUUGACAUGUCUUCUGUGCAUCUCAAGAAAGCAGCUGCUGUCCUGGAGUUCUCUGCUCCGGUGAAGCAACUUGGGAAGAUGCUGGGAGCCGGAGUUCAUGUUGUGCACAAUGAUGCCACUGGGGAUCUUCGUCUUGAACCUACCGACCACGCAGUUCCGUCUGCAAUUGAGGAUGAUGUUGAGUUCAUUGCUUUGGCUCCAUAUUCCAAGGCUGGCAAAGCGAAGCGCAGUCUCGCGGUCAAGCCUGUCAUCGAUACCCUGCCACCGCCUUACAAGCUUCCAGUGGCAGAUGACCUGCGUAACUGUAGCGAAAGCUGGACUCCAGCUUGCAUACGAAAGCUCUACAGCAUUCCUCUUGGUACCAAAGCUGCAAAGAAUAACUCAAUGGGUCUAUUUGGAUACGGCGACCCUUAUCAACCCUCCGAUCUGAACCAAUUCUGGGCAAAGCACGCUCCAUUCAUUCCCAAGGGGACAAAACCUAAAGUCAACAGUAUCAACGGUGCCGUAGCAAUCGGUGAAACGGUCGAAGGCGAAGAGUUACUCGACAUCGAAAUGUCGUAUCCAAUCGUUUACCCCCAGACCGUCACGAUGUUUCAGACCCCCUACAGCAACAAGGGUGGUCUUGCGAAUGACUUUCUCGACGCUGUUGACGCAAGCUAUUGCAAGUAUGAUGGAGGCGAUGAUCCUGAUCUUGAUCCGUCAUUCCCUGUCUUCGGUGGAUUCCAAGGACCUGCUAUGUGCGGCAAGUACCAGGUUACAAACGUCGUUUCAAUCUCUUUCGCGAUUGAUGAGCAAACCCUACCUAGGCAUUACAUUCAGCGCCAAUGUCAUGAGUGGAUGAAGUUGGCUCUCAGUGGUGUCAGCGUCCUUGUUGCCUCUGGAGAUCGUGGUGUCCAGGGUGCUACACAAUGUACUGUGAACCCCUACGAUAAGAAGAAGGAAGCCUUCAACUCUCUUUUCCCAGGAUCUUGUCCAUAUGUUACAGCAGUUGGAGCGACACAAGUCAACUUUACGGGCAGCAGAACCAAUGAGGUUGCUGUUUUUGAUCCCAAGCACAACUUUUACUCUGGAGGCGGCUUCAGUAACAUGAAUGCACAGCCAGCCUACCAGCGCAAGGCUGUCGCGAGCUAUCUCGCCGCUAACAACCCUCACUACCCCAAGGGAACAUACAACAUUUCUGGACGCGCUAUUCCUGACGUUGCGCUUUUGGGGGCAAAUGUCACUAUCCUACAAGAUGGCAAGACCACGAUCAGCGGAGGAACCAGCGCUGCUACACCUAUGUUUGCUGCUAUGAUUAACAGGAUCAAUGAUGAGCGAUUGCUAGCGGGGAAGAAACCGAUUGGCUUCUUGAACCAGAUUCUGUAUCAGCAUCCUGAGGUAUUUACCGAUAUUACCGACGGUUCUAACCCUGGUUGCGGCACGCAAGGGUUCAAGGCGGCCAAGGGAUGGGAUCCGGUCUCGGGAAUGGGUUCACCCAAGUUUCCAAAGCUUCGAGACUUACUAGUCAGCCUUCCUUGAACUGAGAACAAUGUAUA